AUGGGAAAGGAUAAAGGUGGAUUUCUUACUCCAAAGGCUAUCGCUAAUCGCAUAAAAUCAAAAGGUCUCCAGAAGUUGAGAUGGUACUGUCAAAUGUGUCAAAAGCAAUGUCGAGACGAAAAUGGUUACAAGUGCCACACAAAUUCAGAAGCCCAUCAUCGUCAAAUGAAGAUUUUCAUGGAAAAUGGAGGAAAAUUUAUAAGCAGUUUUUCUUCAGAGUUUCUCAAGGGCUACUUGGAUAUUGUUAGACGCCAAUUUGGUGGUAAACGUGUACACGCUAAUGUCGUGUAUCAGGAAUAUAUCAAGGAUAAAGAACAUGUUCAUAUGAAUGCUACACGUUGGCACUCACUCACAGGUCUCUGCAUGUGGCUUCAUAAACAAGGAAUUUGUCGUGCCGAAGAGACGGAGAAGGGCUGGUAUAUUGAGUACAUUGAUCGUGACCCAGAAGCUGAGAGUCGGAAGGCCUCAGAUGCUCGUCUGGAAAAGACAGAGGACGAGCUGAAUCGCCAAAUUCUCGCUAAACAAAUAGAGAAGGCCUCAAAUUUGAAAUCAACCAAGCCAGAGAAAGAAACCAAGGAUCUCAAGCCCCUCGUUCGAGAGGAUGAGAACGAGAUUAUAAGAUUGGAUUUACAACUUGGAUCCAAACGUUCGAAUCCCGAGACUAUUGAAAAAUCAACUUUAGAAGAAGUCGCUAGGCCCAAUAAGAUUUCAAGAUUGGACGAAAUAAAUGGAUCCCCUAAAUCCAUUGAGAAGAGUCCCGAAGAAUGUUUACCAGUAUCAAAGAUCUCAAUGACUGAAAAUCCUGAAAUAACUGCAAAACCUCGGAAAAUUGUGAAUCCACUGCUCGUGGCGGAGAAAAAGGCACAUAAACCAAAGAAUAACGAUGAACAACAGCCACGCCCAAAGUCAACCAUCUCUAAGCCUUCAACGUCGUCCUCUUCCGCUAGAUUGAGCGCUUUGGACGAAUUGAUGGCUGAAGAGGAAAUGCUCAAGGAAAAGCGCAAUCGAAAGGAUUACUGGCUCGCUAAGGGCAUCGAGGUGAAACUCAUUUACCAUAAACUUCCUCGUCAUAUCCUCUACCGACAUGCUAUAGUCCUAAAUAUGGAAGAUAGCUAUACGGCCGUAGUUCAGGUCCUCAAUUCCGCGAAAACAAAGUUGAAAAUCGAUCAAGAUCACGCGGAGACUGUAAUUCCCCCCGUUGGUAGUCCUCUACUGGUUGUCAAUGGAGCUUAUCGUGGUGAGAUGGCUAUUCUCAAGAGUGUUGAUAAGGCGGAAUCACGAGUUGACAUUGCGAUUGACUCGGGACUGUGCCGUGGACGUCUUGUAAAAAAUGUAUCGAUGGAGGAUGUGUUUUGUUGGUUGUCGUUAACUAAAGCCCACCAAAGAUUAAUGGAUUCGGUGCAAACGAUCCUAGUCAAUGUUUUAUUCGCAAGUGCAAUCAAGCAAACCUACGUUUAUUUCACCGGAGUAGAAAUAGCUGAGAUCAAAUCUUCUCCUCCACCGGUAGAAAUACGAAGUAAUUGGGAAGGCGCCAGAUUUUCUAGCGAAAAACUCAAAGAACCUUCAUGGUUUCUACCCAUUGCACUGGCUGCACAACUUAGCAUAAUUUUCACUUUUCUUCAAAAUCUCUCGAAACGUGAACUCCCAAGGGGUCGAAUUCGUUACUAUUUAGUUGGACUAAUUGUCACUGAUCUGUUAUUGAAUUUAUUAAAUGUUCUCCAGCUUUCUCUUUACUAUAACUAUGACUUCGAUCUAACUGACUAUAUUUUAAAAGGUCAUUAUGAAUUCUAUUCGUUCUUAGUUGAUGCUUUACAAAUGCUUAGCGGACAAAUUCAUAUAAUUCUAUGUGGAGAAUAUUUUAAAUUGAUGCCAAAGAAAACGAAAUCUUUCUCUAGCUUGGCCUUAAUUAUUAGUCUUAUUACAGGUUUUCUAACACCCCUAACAUUCAAAAAACCUCCAGCACUAAUACACCUUUCAAAUUUUAUGGAAUAUCGUAACUCUGCGAUUGAUGUCAACUACAUUCAAAGACUUAAUUGCUUUCACCUUUGUCCAUGUCUUGUUCUUGCCAUUAUAUUCGCACUGUCGAGAGGGCAAGAGGGUUGGAAUCUUCUACGAAGGCCAAAGGAGCUUGAGGCAAAAGGAGAUUCGGAAUCUUGUGUACUUAAAAUGAGAAAAUUCAUUCUUCAAUCGAUGGCUCUGCGCUUCAUUGUGAGUAUAGCAUACGCACUGGUGACACUCGGGAUUAAGACUGAAUAUGAAACUCUAAUCAAUCUGAUAAGCAAGUUCGACACUUCAGAUAAUCCUAAGCUCGAUUUUAGUCCUGAUAUGGCACUACGUGGCUAUAUAGUUAUUUUAAAAAGAGAUGGAACCUCUGGGUCUUCGUGUGAGUGGCGAGCAGAUAAGUGUAUUUUUGGAAGUGAUUCAUCUUGUGAUAUUUGCAUUAAACUCAACUCUGUCGAACCAUUUCAUUGUAAACUUGAAAAUUCAGACGAUGGUCGUGUUUUUAUCAUCAAUGUUGCCAAAUUUUCUCGGACAUUGCUUAAUGGUUUGGGUGUGUCUGAUAGAACUUUCGUCGCCCAUAAUAGUUUGAUUACGGUCGGAGAUAGAAACUUUACCUUUAAAUACCCUGAAACUUCUCACUGGCGACUUCAACCGGCUAGAUCGAGUGUAAGUAGGUCUGCUCAAUCUUCUCCAUUGGUUUUAAGUUCUAAUCGGCUUGUAGCUGAUGUUUCUAAAUUGCCUACGGUUAAGACGAGUUCUCCAAAUCGGCCACAUUUACGGGUUCAAAGAUCUAGAACUCCUACUUUGUCAUCUCAGCGCAGUGGGCUUUCUACUAGAGAUCGUUAUUGUCCUACACCUACCCGACCUGCUGUCCCGUCACCAGAUGUAAACGUCAAAAGGCGCUCUAUUUUAAAGAAAAGGACUCCAUCUCUCGAAGCGCUUGUGAGUCCUGUGCGAAAGAAAGCCAAGGUUCUUGUUCUUUCUGAAACACCUAUUUUAACUGGAGUUCAAUACAUUAAACGUUUACGAAGGUCUAGCUCUUUAGAUUCUUUCGCUCACUCAAAUAAUUCCGCGUCAUUUUAUUCGACAAACCAAACUCUUAAUCAAUCAGGGGCUAGUUCGAGUAAACUGUCUCCUUGUCAUAUGCAGAAAAAGGGCGUUCAGUUUGGUCCAAGAUUGAGCCCUGAGCAAUUUGAUUCUCGCUUACCUCCUGCGACACCAUUAAAGCGUGGUGAUUUGCCUCCAUCGGAUCUAAACGCUCGCUCGCGUCACCAUGUCAAGAAAACUCCUGGAUAUGUUGCUUCACCGGCUUUAAUUCUUAAUUCACCGAUGGUCAAAGGCACUCCUGUUCUCAUUACUCCGAAAUCUGUUAGCUCCCCCAGUUUAUCUCAUUCUCCUGAGCGUGAACCAUCACUGGAGGUUGCCACCCCUGGGUUAUCUGCCGUUCGAAAAAUCUUAAAAACACCUAGCACUGUGCCUUCUCUAUUAACAGCGCGAGAACUUGUUAAGUCUUCAAAGUCACCUUCCCCAGGAAGAUUAUCUACUAGAACAUCCCCGAGGCCAUUUGGAUUGCGGAACUAUGUUAAGACGCCAGAAUUGCAAUCAGAAUUGAAGUUAUCUGCCGUUCAUGAUUCGCUGAAAAGUCCUAGUCAGUCGCCACAUCCGCAACUUUCUGCUAAUAAAAAAACAAUUGGCACUCAGAACAUUCUAUCGACUCCGACCCUAUCUGGUGUCUGUCAAUUUGUCAAAUCGCCAAAAAGUCUACCAUCAUCGCAAAUGGUUGGCACCCGUAAUUUGUUGAAGACCUCUAAGGUCCCGCCUUCUCCGCGCUUAUCAACAAUUAGAACUAGUCAGCCAUCACCAAAACUAACUGGCGUCCGUGAAAUAUUGAAUACUUCUAAAUCACAGCUGUCUCCAAAACUAUCUGGUGUUCGAGAGCUUUUAAAGACACCAAAAAGUCAGAAAUCACCGAUAUUAACUGGUGUUCGUGAACUUUUAGAAACUCCUGGUUCACAGCCUUCUCCAAAACUAUUUGGUAUUCGAGAACUUAUGAAGACACCAAAAAGUCAAAAAUCACCGAGGUUGAUCGGUGUCCGUGAACUACUGAAAACUCCUUGUUCACAACCCUCUCCAAGACUAUCUGGUGUUCGAAAACUUAUGAAGACACCAAAAAGUCAAAAAUCACCUAGACUGACCGGGGUUCGAAAGCUUGUGAAAACUCCAAAGAGUCAGCGAUCGCCCAGGUAUGCUGGUCUUCGUGAAAUGUUCAGAACCCCCAAGUCGUUACCUUCGCCCAGAUUAUCUGGAGUCAAAGAGCUUUUUAGAACAUCGAAUACACGACCAUCACCAAGAUUAUCUGGUAUACGUGAACUGAUGCGAACUCCUAAGUCAUCUCCUUUAGUAUCUGCGGUUGGAAAGUCCAUUCAAACAGCGAAGCCAGCUGAUACACGAAAGUCAUCAAGAAUAUUGAAGAUGGAGCAGUCACCAAAAUUAGCCGGUAUUCGUGAGAUGAUGAUGACGCCAAAAUCAUUUCCUUCUCCUAGAUUAUCCGGCAUUAAAGACAUGAUAGAUUUAACGAGCGAAGGGAUCGUAACGACCAAUCUCACUGAACCGGCGACCCCUAAGAGAUCAGCAAGAAGAGCCGUUGCUAGAACAAGGAAAAAAGCUGUCGAAGAUUCGACUGCAGACGAAACUCCAAUUCGCAUCACGCGUGGAAGAAGAAAUCCUUCCCGUCCUGUGGAUGAAUCUCAUACAACAGUAAAUACCCGAGCAACAAAACAAAAUCCUGUUCCCUCUCCUGAAGUUAUCAUUGAUUUGGAAGAAGAUUAUGUUGAACCAAUCUCAUCGCUUGUAAAGACUAACAGGGGUCGAAAGAGGGCGGCUAAAAAGACCAUAGAAACCGUCGUCUCUCCUGAGCGAGUGGUUCGCAGUACAAGGCGAAAACGAAAUCUUUCUCCUACUCCAAUUACUCCUAUCGAUUUGAAAGAAUCUUCAACUUCACCUAAGAGAGCACGUACAACUCGAAAGAGAGCAGCAGCUAAAAAUUUGACUGAGGCAAGGGUUGCUACUUCAACUACUGCUGAAGCACGAAGUACUCGUAAACGUCCUGUUGAUAUAACGGUUGAGUUGGGAGAGGGGGGAAAUGUUGAACCGACCUCAUCAAAAAGACCACGUUCAACUAGAAGAAAGGCAGCUGAAAAGACAAAUACGACCCAGGCAAACGCUCGAAAAAUUGACAGCACAAAAGUUUCUUUGCAUUUGAAAGAAUCUGAAGCUUCUACUCCUCUCGGAGUGAGUGCUUCUAGGAAGAGAACCACAAGGUCUGCUAAAGUUCCUGUUGAAAAAGCUAAGGAAGCAGAAACUAUAUCCUCUUUGUCUCCAGUUGGGAGGACUGUGGGUAAGAAGAGGACUAUUACAAAAUCGUCUACCGUUAAGAAGACUGUAGGUAAAUCUUCACCUGUAGUCGCCGAAUUUGGACGAACAGCUCGUAAAGUUCAUUUUAAGAAAUCUGUUAGUGAAAUAACACGAAAGGAAGAAGUGUUGAGCCUUAAAACCCCGGUUCGUAGAACUCGCAGUAAAGCUGCAGCGACAAAGGGAAACGAUGCCGCCUUAAAGUCACCGACAACUAAGUCACCCAGGAUGACUCCAUCAACAAAACCAGUUCGCAGGACUCGCUCCAAAAAGUAG